UUUGAAGCGAGUAGUUUGACCUAGCACAGCAGUCAACGACUUGUCCGAUCUCGCAAACACCACGCUUCUCACGGCAAGUCUGCCAAUACCAAAAAAAAAGCAAUCCCCAUGAUCUUUUCCAAACGAGCCACCGCCGCGUUGGCGCUUUGCUCGGUGCUGCUGGUGUCCAACUCUCCCCUGGGACGGGCGCUGAGCACAAAGAGCCAGAACCAGAGCCAGAACCAGAUCCAAACCCACGGCAGCGGCGUGGACCGGCGCACCGCGAUCCAGCGGGCCGGCAUCGCCGCGGCGGGGCUCGGGACCGUGACCGGCGGCGGCCUCUUCCUCCCGAACGCCUCGCCGGCGGUGGCCACGGCGGCCGAACCCGCCGCUUCCAUUCAUCCCGUGGCGACGCUGGCGGACGGAUGCAGGUUCCCCCUCGCGUCGUUUGGACUGCAGUGAGUACAGCGUUUGCACCGGCGGGACCGACCGGAUCGAUUGCGAGGAAGCGCCUUUCUCAUCGGUCGCACCGGCGUGCUUCUUUUUUUGUUUUGUUUUGUUUCGUUCCGUUCCGUUCUCUCCCGCUCCGAUACUUCCAUUCGUGUUUCACGCAACGCCCUUCGCGGGAUCGAACCACUCCAGGAUCUACGACGACAGCACCGCCUACAAGCUGACCCUCACCGCUCUGGAGUGCGGCUACCGCAAUUUCUUUGCCAGCGUCCUGGCCGGAAACCAGAAGGGAUUCGCGAGGGCCAUCAAGGACUCGAACGUGCCGCGGGAGGACCUGUACAUCUGCGGGUCGGUGGUCUCCAACCGGGUCAGCGGCUUCGAGAACGCCAGGCAGGCGACCACGAAAGGUACGGCGGGACAGGCGCAAGCGCCGCACCACGGUGGUUCGAGGGGCAUCGUGUCUGCGUGUGCAUGGAUCCGUUGCGUUCGGUUUUUUUUUUUUUUUUUCCUCAAAGAAUAUCCCUUCUUUUCUUCGUUUUCCAUGUCCAAUGUCCAUCGGUGGCGUUUUGGUAUCGAUGCGUGGCGAAAAAUCGAUCUCUCCUUCCAAGGCUGGAAACGAAACAUGGAAGCAUUUGGUGUCGGUGGUAUUGACUAUCUAGAUCAAAUCAUGCUCGAUUAUCCGGGACCCGGUAAGUGAUUCCGUCACCUCGAUUGCAUCUUCUAUUGCUUUCUUUUGGUAAAAAAAUGCGACGGAUUCCAACAUGUUUCGUGUCGUGUCGUUUCGUGUCGCCUGUCGCAGAUUGCGAAUCCAUCCAGGGCCAGUGGACCGCCUUCGAGGAGAUGCACGCCCAGAAACUGACAAGGAGCAUAUCGGUGUCCAACUUCUCGGCGAGGCAGCUCGACUGCGUCCUGGAAAAGGCUAGGGUCAAGCCCGUCGUCAACCAGCUGCCGUACAGCGUCGCCUACCAUCCCGGAGACGCGGUCGCCGACAACGCUUCGAGGGGCAUCCUGGUGCAGGCCUGGGCGCCCCUCGGUGGAUCCCUCGGGGGCCGGUUCGACAAGAACGUCAAGAAGGCCUGCGGGAAGAUUGGAAAAAAAUACGACAAGUCCUUUGCCCAGGUAGGUGGAUUGCUGUUUGCUUGGUUGUGCUUUGUUUUGUUUUGUUUCGGGUGAUUUGUGGCGUGCGUGUCCGCUUUGUGACAGCGUUUUCUCACUUGUGUUCCGUCUCGUUUUUAAAAUACAGGUUGCCCUUCGCUGGAUUGUCCAGAGCGGGGGUAGCUUCACCACCCAGUCCAAGAACAAAGACCAUUUUUCAGAAGAUCUCAACAUUUUUGACUUUGAGUUGACGGAGGAGGAGAUGAAAACACUGAACUCUCUCGCGUAAACAGCGAAACCCAGCUGCAACUAUUUUUUAGGCACGAAGUCAAACCCUUAUUAAUAAUACUACUGAUUAGAGAAGCUCGAUAAUUUGACAGGGAAUGAUAUUGGGUGUGUUGCAGAAGUGUCAUCUGCUUUUCUAUGUACUAUACUAGUUUUGUCUAUUGGUCAGCUCGUCAGUUAUGACCACUAGCCUGAAAUUCGACAGCCGAAUACUAUAUCUUUUGUCGAGCCUCGUUCCAAGCGCUUUGUACCACUACUCGGAAUUUUCGAAAUAUAACGCGUUUACCAGAAUCGAUGAUCCCAGGAGAAGGCCUUUUUCGUUGGUCGUGGCAUUCUCGGGGAAAUCGAUCUUGUAAUAAUUGAUUUCGUUGAACGUUUCCUUGAAUGUUUCCUUUGGUAUUUUUGCCAUCCUCCCGCUUGGGUUUGAGAGAAAAAGAGAACCCGAAAAACGAAUCGAAAACAAAAAGUUAGCAAGAGUCGAACACCAGAACAUCGCAAGCACACCAUGGGUAGGUCCCUUUUCAUCGGUCAACAGAAAUAGCUUACAUUGGUUUCGUCCCUUCGACGCCGUUUUCGAUUGCGUAGACGUCGCAAGGAAUCAUGCAACAACCAUGGGGGCAACACCACUUUCCGUCCGGAAAGCAGUCGAUGCACAUGUUUCCGCAACUCGUGGGAGGACGAACGACGUAAACUUCCUUCUCGGUUUCGUCGAGUACUCUGAAGCUCGGAACAAAACACCAGCAGGAUUCCUGGAUGUCCCCCAGGUGCUCGUCUCCGCUAAAGACGGUAGCCUCUUGUCGGCAGCAGCACUUCAAAUUUCCCAUGCAGCACCGGAAGGGACGGUUCACUUCGAGAAAUUCGGAAUUGGUUUUUGUGUCUGUUAUUGUCAUAUCGAACGCGUGGCACGGGGCAAAGCAGCAGCGACAGACGAAGGAGAAAUCUUCCUUGGACUUGGCAACCGUUUCUCCUUCUUCGUUCAUGUAUUCAAAGUCCGAUUUAGUGAUGCAGCAGAAAAAUUCCUGCGUCCAGCCCCUGCGAUAGUGUUGAAUCUCCAUUGAGUUGGUUGCUCCGAGGGAGUGCUUCAUGCCUUCCGCCGCAUCCCCUCGGUCCAUGGUUUGAGUUCCUGGCUCCAUUCUUUCUACCUUUUGUGAUUCCCAAGGAUUGCAAUGUAUUUGUCGUGUGCGAUUUGAGAAGAUAGCCAAAGAUCACUUGCUCAGAACUGUUCUUAGACAUGUG